ACACAGGAAAAUUUUUAAUAUCAGAUUGUGGCAAAUAAAUGCGAGUUUGACGAAUGCAUAGAAACUGACUAAUUGAGUUUGCUUGGCAGUCCAUAGUGAUUGCUGGAAAGACUUAAAGUUUGGAAGGAAUAGGUUGCCUGCCGCAUCAGUGCAUCUCCUGAUCACUCCAAAUAUAGAUUCAUGUAAAUGUGUAGUGAAAGUGACGAAAAAUAUAUACUUACAGUUCCACCCUCCGAGCUGAACUCAGGAAACCUUUAGCAACUUAUGCAUAAAGUAGAGAUUUCAUUGAAAGAAAGUCGUGUUGGUGGCAUGUAAUAUUGUGUUUGACAUAUCCAAAAAAAGGAAAACUGAAAAUAAAAGAGAAACGAAAGAAAAUAAUAAAGAUGCAUGUGUGUGUGUUUUUUUUUCUGUUUUUCCCUAUGCCGCAAAUGGCUAGUGGAAAGACUCUGCGUUGGAAUCCACCUCCAUAAUCAGCAAUGACAUAUAUACCCUUCUAGCAUGAGAUUUUGACUUCGAACCUUAUUUUAAAUCAAUGGGUGGAAAUUAUCAAAUAGAGUCACAGGUGCAGACCUUCACAAGUUCUCUCUCCUUAAUCCCUGAGUUCUAGAGCUUGAUAGUUGAUCUCAAAAGUACUCAAAUUUUUAUUCUGCCCGCAACAUCCCAAGAGCUGAUGCUCAUAAAGUCAUGCAACUGUAUCAUCACCCGUACUCCUUGGACAGCCAAAAAGUGAGGCUUGCUUUGGAAGAAAAGGGCAUUGAUUAUACAUCAUACCAUGUCAAUCCUAUCACAGGCAAGAACAUGGACUCCUCAUUCUUCAGGAUGAACCCGAUUGCCAAACUACCAGUUUUCCAGAAUGGUGCACACAUUAUAUUCAACACAAUAGAGAUAAUCCAGUAUAUAGAAAGAAUCUCUGUUGUCUCAGCAGGUGGUGGUAAUAUCACUCUCAGCAGUCAAGAAGUUGUUGAAUGGAUGAACAAGAUACAAGAGUGGAACCCCAAGUAUUUUACUCUCUCCCACAUUCCAGAGAAGUAUCGCCUUUUUGUUUCUAAAUUUAUACGGAGAGUGGUAAUUUCCCGUAUGGCUGAAUCUCCUGAUCUAGCAAGUGCAUACCACCGUAAGCUGAGAGAAGAAUAUGAGACAGAAGACAAGUUGAAAAACCCGGAAGUUUUGAGACGAAGUGAGGAACGUCUGGUAAUGCUUCUCGAUGAAGCUGAGACGAAACUGAGUGAGACAUCAUAUUUAGUUGGCGAAGAGUUUACUAUGGCAGAUGUUAUGUUCAUUCCCGUGUUGACUCGAUUAGAGCUCUUGAAUUUGCAAGAUGAGUAUAUUCAUUGCCGGCCAAAUAUUGCCAGGUACUUGAAUGUGGUGAAGAAGCGGCCGAGUUAUAAGAAGGUGAUCGGAAAGUACUUUAGCGGUUGGAGGAAGUACAAAUCGUUGUUGGAAACAUGGUGUUUUCUUCGGAUCAGAAGUAUGCUUAGGAGAUAUUGAUCAAAAACACUUCGGUUUUAUUUUCAGAAACUGUUUUUUUCGUAUUAGAAGUAUAUGCUUAGGAGAUUUUGACAAAGAACUCAGAAUGGCUACGGAGGCGUUGGGUGUGUGUGUAACAAAGGAAAUUUGCUGUCUAAGAUGUAAACUAUGGACCUAUAAAAUAAAAUAAAAUAAAUAAAAGAAAAUGAAGAAGAAAAGAUGUCAAAUUAUUUGUAUGGUAUAAAUUGUACCGGUGUCGAUUUUCACACUGGCUUUC